UUUGUUAAUUUUCUGAAGUUUUCGACGUGUUUUUACAUUUAUCGCUGGAAACAUGUCGAUGCCACAUAGCAGUUCGAGCACGACGAGCUCGAGCACUAAACGUAAAGAAAUAUACAAAUAUCAAGCACCAUGGCCUCUGUAUUCAAUGAACUGGUCGGUGCGCCCUGACAAGAGAUUCCGGCUCGCACUUGGCAGCUUUGUUGAAGAAUACAAUAAUAAGGUACAAAUAAUAUCUCUAGAUGAAGAGACCAGUGAGUUUAGUGCUAAGAGCACAUUCGACCAUCCCUAUCCCACCACGAAAAUCAUGUGGAUCCCAGAUAGUAAAGGGGUUUAUCCUGAUCUGCUGGCCACUAGCGGGGACUACCUCCGCAUAUGGCGUGCUGGCGAACCUUACACUCUGUUUGAGUGUGUACUCAAUAACAAUAAAAAUUCAGACUUUUGUGCCCCAUUGACAUCCUUUGAUUGGAAUGAAGUGGACCCCAACUUGAUCGGUACGAGCAGUAUUGACACAACUUGCACGAUAUGGGGUCUGGAGACUGGACAGGUUCUCGGAAGGGUGAACGAGGUGUCUGGACAUGUUAAGACACAGCUUAUUGCUCAUGAUAAGGAGGUGUACGACAUCGCCUUCAGCAGGGCGGGCGGCGGGCGCGACAUGUUCGCGUCGGUGGGCGCGGACGGCUCCGUGCGCAUGUUCGACCUGCGCCACCUCGAGCACUCCACCAUCAUCUACGAGGACCCGGGGCACACGCCGCUGCUGCGGCUGGCGUGGAACAAGCAGGACCCCAACUACCUGGCCACCAUCGCCAUGGACGCGUGCGAGGUCAUCAUCCUGGACGUGCGCGUGCCCUGCACGCCGGUGGCGCGCCUCAACAACCACCGCGCCUGCGUCAACGGCAUCGCCUGGGCGCCGCACAGUUCGUGCCACAUCUGCACGGCGGGCGACGACCACCAGGCGCUGAUAUGGGACAUCCAGCAGAUGCCUCGCGCGAUCGAGGACCCGAUCUUAGCGUACACGGCGGCAGAAGGCGAGGUCAACCAAAUCCAAUGGGGAGCCACGCAGCCCGACUGGAUCGCCAUUUGCUACAACCGUCACACGGAAAUACUGCGCGUCUAAGACUAAGAAGACUAAAAAGCCAGCUGACCUGCAAGUAUGGUUGCCGGGUCGUCAAAUCUAGUAGCAGACAGAAUAGUUUGGGACAUUUGGUUGAAAAGACCGAACCCCCAAAAUUAUUAAAUAUUUGUGACUAUGUCGUUUACGACAAAAAAUUUUACUUCCUGCGAAUUGCGUUGCGAGAGUGCAGACUGGUCAAAAAUUAAAAACUGGACACAAAAAGCCUAUGUCCGGCUUUAUCCGGACGCCUGGUAAACCUACCUGCAAGUGUCAAAGGUGGGGCCCAAACUGCACUGGAGAAGAAUGUCAGGAUGCUAAGUCAUACUUAGGUAAAAGGCAAUAACCAUUGUCCAAACUCUAGCUUUUAUUAUGUUUUGACACCAUCACGUUACUUUUGUGAUGACAGAAAAAUAUAUCAUUAAACCUGUAUCAAACACUUCCAUCCAAAACUAAACUCAAUUUUAUCAGAUUUUUAUACUUUGCUGCCUUUUACCUUUUUUUAUACAAGUAACAUGACACCUAAGCAUGUCAGUACUAGCUAAUCCAUAAUUCUAGAUACCCCUUGUAAAUACGGCUGUUGAUCUUGUCCAAUAAUAUCCUGAUUCUGUUCGAAGCCUCGUCCCUUUCUUCCAACUUGCCACUUUUUACAAAAAUCGCUUGUUAAACUUGUCUCAAACUUUGUUCCCUGAUGCAUUUUUGACUAAUUUUAACAUUUAUAGUUUCUCAUUUUUAGUUUAUCAAUAUUUUGUUUUUCGACUUAUUUGAAAAUAGAAACUGAGUGUUUGAGAUUGUUUAAAAUAUUUGGAGCCGAUAUUUUUAGAAUUCAAGUAUAUUAAAAAAA